AUGUACAACCUGGAGAGAGUUCCUAGGCCAAAGCUCGGGGAGCUGGGACCAACAUGGAGUCUGGGAAGUCCCUGGGUUGAAGAAGUGGAGCUAAGAUUCCAGGGAGUCCAGGAAUCCACAGGCAGAUUCUUGAAGAGAGCCACACAGAGAGAGAGAGAGCAAGCUCAGGAGACCAGCAGAGGGCCCCUUCUGUGUCCUCAGUUGAACUCUGAUCAGCACACAAGUGAGAAGAAACUAGCCAAGUCUGGGCAACAAAAAACACCUAAGGGAAAAAUCCACAGAACUCACACAGGGACAGGAAUAGAAUAUAUUUCCCCUGUCAAAUUAUUAUUGUAUAUCCUCUUUACUGUCAAACAACCACUUGGUGAUUUAAGUAUCUGUACAUCGAUAUCUGCUUAUCAUAUUCCCAUUUCAGAGUUCUUCUAUGGUUCUGCAUUAACGCACUGCUUACUAUCUUCUGUUUCAGGAUGGGGAAAUGACACCACUCAGAUACAGACUUAUGAAGAAGGUCUCUUUUAUAUUCAGAAAAAGGAAAACACCCCUCAGUUAUUUUUGACAGAUGAUAUGUUUGCCCAAAAUAAAGAAAUACGAGAAAUGGUACAGAAUAAUUUCAUCAUGCUGAAUCUCAUGCAUGAGACCACUGAUAAGAAUUUAUCUCCUGAUGGACAAUAUGUCCCAAGAAUGAUGUUGGUGAAUCUUUCUUUAACAGUCACAGCUGAUAUAAUUGGAAGAUACUCCAAUAAAUUAUAUACAUAUGAACCCCAGGAUUUAGUGUAUGUAAUGACAGAAAACAUGAAGAAAGCAUUAAAACUUAUUCAAUCAGAGUUAUAA